UCUGAUCGUAUUGUCCCAGGAAAUUAUAUUUCAUGUAAAAAUAACCCGGUAAGGUAUUAUAGUAAAAUUAUAGUUCCACAAUUAAAAAUGGACGUAAUUGCUCAUAAUGCUCAAGAAUCUAUGUUGGAAAUAGUUCAUGAUGUUGAAAAAAACUAUGAUUCCACAAAUAAAAAUAGAUGAAAUUGUUCAAGAUGCCGAGGGUUCUGUAUUGAAAAUAGUUCAUGAUGUUGAAAAAAUCACGAUUCCAAAAACAAAAAUAGAUGAAACUGUUAAAGAUGCAGAGGGUUCUGCAUUGAAAAUAAUUCAUGAUGUUGAAAAAAUUAUGAUUCCACAAAUAAAAAUGGAUAAAAUUGUUCAAAAUGCCAAAGAAUCUACAUUGAAAACAAAUAUUGUUGUUGAAGAAAUUAUGAUUCCGCAAUUAAAAAUAGAUGAAACUGUUCAAGAUGUCAAGGGUUCUGCAUUGAAAGUAGUUCACGAUGUUGAAAAAAUAAUGAUUCCACAAAUAAAAAUGGAUAAAAUUGUUCAAAAUGCCAAAGAAUCUGCAUUUAAAACAAAUAUUGUUGUUGAAGAAAUUAUGAUUCCGCAAUUAAAAAUAGAUGAAACUGUUCAAGAUGUCAAGGGUUCUGCAUUGAAAGUAGUUCACGAUGUUGAAAAAAUAAUGAUUCCACAAAUAAAAAUGGAUAAAAUUGUUCAAAAUGCCAAAGAAUCUGCAUUUAAAACAAAUAUUGUUGUUGAAGAAAUUAUGAUUCCGCAAUUAAAAAUAGAUGAAACUGUUCAAGAUGUCAAGGGUUCUGCAUUGAAAGUAGUUCACGAUGUUGAAAAAAUAAUGAUUCCACAAAUAAAAAUGGAUAAAAUUGUUCAAAAUGCCAAAGAAUCUGCAUUUAAAACAAAUAUUGUUGUUGAAGAAAUUAUGAUUCCGCAAUUAAAAAUAGAUGAAACUGUUCAAGAUGUCAAGGGUUCUGCAUUGAAAGUAGUUCACGAUGUUGAAAAAAUAAUGAUUCCACAAAUAAAAAUGGAUAAAAUUGUUCAAAAUGCCAAAGAAUCUGCAUUGAAAACAAAUAUUGUUGUUGAAGAAAUUAUGAUUCCGCAAUUAAAAAUAGAUGAAACUGUUCAAGAUGUCAAGGGUUCUGCAUUGAAAGUAGUUCAUGAUGUUGAAAAAAUAAUGAUUCCACAAAUAAAAAUGGAUAAAAUUGUUCAAAAUGCCAAAGAAUCUGCAUUGAAAACAAAUAUUGUUGUUGAAGAAAUUAUGAUUCCGCAAUUAAAAAUAGAUGAAACUGUUCAAGAUGUCAAGGGUUCUGCAUUGAAAGUAGUUCAUGAUGUGGAAAAAAUAAUGAUUCCACAAAUAAAAAUGGAUAAAAUUGUUCAAAAUGCCAAAGAAUCUGCAUUGAAAACAAAUAUUGUUGCUGAAGAAAUUAUGAUUCCGCAAUUAAAAAUAGAUGAAACUGUUCAAGAUGUCAAGGGUUCUGCAUUGAAAGUAGUUCAUGAUGUUGAAAAAAUAAUGAUUCCACAAAUAAAAAUGGAUAAAAUUGUUCAAAAUGCCAAAGAAUUAGCGUUGGAAACUAAUACUAAUAUUGGAGAAAUUAUAGUUUCACAAUUAAAAAUAGACGGAAUUGUUCAAAAUUCUAAUGAAUCCGCUUUGAAAACUGAUGUCGGGAGAAAUAAUAUAAUUCCACAAUUAAAAAUAGACGGAAUUGUUCAAAAUGUUAAAGAGGCUGCGUUGAAAAUUGAUGAAAAUAGUACGGUACCACAAUUACCAAUGGACGAAUGUGUUAAAAAUGUCAAAGAUUCUGCGUUAGAAAUAGUUAAUGAUGGCAGAGAGAUUAUAAUUCCACAAUUGAAAAUGGAAGGAAAUAAUGAAAAUACCAAAAUGUAUGCAUUGGAUACGAAUAUUGACGUUGGAGAAAUUAUUGAUUUAGAAUCAGAAAAGUAUACAAUUACUCCAAAUACUAUCGAUUCUCAAGUUAAUAAAAUAAAAAAUGCAAAUACUAAUGAUAUGAACCAACAAUCCGAAAUAUUGAACUAUGAUGUCAAAAUAGUGGUGAAAAUUGGAAAUCUUAUUGACCCUGAAGACAAAGUAUUUAAAAAUUCUAUAGUAAAAGAUUUGGCUACAUAUUUUUUAAAUGAUGAUUUUCUACACAAAUUCCAUUCCCUAUGGAAAACUACAGAAUCGGAUCUCGUUGGAGAGUUAGUCGUUAAGCUUCUUACCAUGUUUAAUGACAUCGAAUAUAAUAUGGCACUAUUUUCCGGUUGUUUAAUUUGCACAUUUCGUGAAAUUGCUCGUAAGUCUUCAAUUCCUCCGUGUGAAAUAAAAUUAAAAUUGAUUGAGUUCCUUGAUGCUAUUAAAAAAUACAUUCAAUUUCAUGAUUAUGAAUUAUGGAGAAUUUGGUUUUCGCAAAGUAAGUUCAUCGAUUGGUGUUUUAUUGUAGCCUACACAUUCAUGAACUCUAAUAAUGAUUUUAUGAUCGAUCUUAACAAGAAGUCGAUUAUCAUGAAUGCAACAAUUUACUAUAAAAUGGUUAAACAAUGUAAAUAUUUUUUUAUUAAUCAAGAUUCUAAACCAAUCAAGUCGCUUAAAAAAAAGGGUAUAUUUGAAUUAACAAGAAUUGAUGAUCUGCUUGAAAUCGAUGAUGUACAUUCAGUACAAAGUGAUAACACAGUAAUACCAAAUACCUCUGUUAACAUAUCUUCAAUAGAACCUAAACACAAAAAACCCAAAAUAGAUGACUGUAUAGAAACUAUUGAUCAUACUAUACAGGAAAAUUUAGAACAAGUAUGUCCUACUCCAGUUAAUCCUAGAAUAUAUGUAAAUCCUAAAUAUAAUAUUUCAAAUUCAUUUAUUAAAACAUUAAAUUGGUUUAAUUCUGACGUCACUGAACUUAGAAACAAAUUAAAUGCUGUAAUAUCUAAUGAAUGUAUUGACAGUUCUAUUGUCGUCCAAAAUAACGUUGAUGAUAAUAUACUACCAUUAGAUGGUAAACUUGGAAGUGUAAUUACAAGUGAAACUAAUAAACAAAUAAAAAGAAAAAAAUCCUGUACGCAAGUUGAAUCUCCACGUGUAUUUUUCACUAUUGCAAAUGAUCCGAAGGAGUUUAAUAUAACUUGUGGUUCAUCAGUGGUCACUCAAAAUCCAAGUUCAUCAGCAGUCCCUCAAAAUGCAAGUUUGUCAAAAGUUCCUCAGAAUUCUAGUUCACUACCAAUCUGUCAAAAUCCAAGUACAUCGCCAAUUUAUCAAAAUUCGAGUUCAUCAUUUCAAAAUUCAAGUUCAUCUACAAUCCUUGCAAAUAAUCCGAAAGAGUUAUAUAUCACUUAUGAUUCAUCAGUGGUCACUCAAAAUCCAAAUUCAUCAGUGGUCACUCAAAAUCCAAAUUCAUCAACAGUCCCUCAAAAUGCAAGUUUAUCAAAAGUUCCUCAAAAUUUAAGUUCAUCAACAGUUUGUCAAAAUUCAAGUUCAUCUACAAUCCUUGCAAAUAAUCCAAAAGAGUUGAAUACCACUUAUGGUUCAUCAAAAGUCCCUCGAAAUUCAAGAUCAUCAAAGGUCCCCCGAAAUUCAAGUUCAUCAGCAGUCCCUCAAAAUGCAAGUUUGUCAAAAGUUCCUCAGAAUUCUAGUUCACUACCAAUCUGUCAAAAUCCAAGUACAUCGCCAAUUUAUCAAAAUUCGAGUUCAUCAUUUCAAAAUUCAAGUUCAUCUACAAUCCUUGCAAAUAAUCCGAAAGAGUUAUAUAUCACUUAUGAUUCAUCAGUGGUCACUCAAAAUCCAAAUUCAUCAGUGGUCACUCAAAAUCCAAAUUCAUCAACAGUCCCUCAAAAUGCAAGUUUAUCAAAAGUUCCUCAAAAUUUAAGUUCAUCAACAGUUUGUCAAAAUUCAAGUUCAUCUACAAUCCUUGCAAAUAAUCCAAAAGAGUUGAAUACCACUUAUGGUUCAUCAAAAGUCCCUCGAAAUUCAAGAUCAUCAAAGGUCCCCCGAAAUUCAAGUUCAUCGACAGUCCUUCCAUAUGGAAGUUCAACAACAAUUCUUCAAAAUUCAAGUUUCUCAGUAGCCCCAAUAAAUCUGAAUCAACAUUACAAUAAUAUUUUAUCCAAUAAUACUCAAUUUACGGAAACUUUGGAAACAGUGAUUACUCGGAUUUCAAAUUCAUCGACAGUUCCUCAAAAUUCUGGUUCAUCAUCGGUCUCUAAAAAUUCAAGUUUGUCGACAGUUCCUACAAAUAUAUGUCCAUGUUACAAUAAUAAUUUAAUUAAUACUCAAUUUCCGGAAACUAUGCAAACGGUGAUUCCUCAAACUUUAAAUUCAUCAACAGUCUCUCAAAAUUUAAGUCCAUAUUACAAUAAUAUUUCUUCCAACUAUACCCAUUUUUCUAAUAGUUUUCAAAAUAGUUUAUCAAUUUCUAAUGCUACACAAACUUCAAAUUCGAGGAGUACACAUCUACCAGUUGAUAUAAAUUCACAGUCGUCAAUAACUACUCUGCCUCCAGUUUCUUCAAAUAAAUGGCCAUCAAAUUUCUACCAGCAAUCGACUGCUACGAAUUCACAGCAUCUAAAGGCAGCUAAUACAUGGCCAUCAAAUCUCUACCAUCAAUCGACUGCUACGAAUUCACAGCCUCUAAAAGCAGCAAAUACAUGGCCAUCAAAUCUCUACCAGCAAUCGAUUGCCACGAAUGUACAGCCCCCAAAAGCAACAAAUACAUGCCAAACAAAUGUAACAAAUACAACGAACGUUUAUAAAAAUCCAUGUUAUGACCCUUCAUGCUGUGCUUACUUAAAAUCAUACACAGAUUCUGCCCCAUCAUAUUUGCAGUCGCCAUAUAAAGAAAAUAUUCCAUUAACCACUACGCAUCCUCAACUUUAUAAUGCAUGCACAUAUCCUACAAACAACAUUCAACCAAUAUCGAGAGAAGUAGUAGGAAGGACUGCAGCAAGUGUGGCAUCAAUUAACAACGCCUAUAUUCAGAAUUUGAAUGAAAAAUAUAAUAAUUAUAACUAUGGAAAUAGUCUUGUGAAUCAUUAUGGCUUGCAAUCUUCCGAACAUAAUCCUCAGGUUUCACCAGAUUUGCCUGAUGCGCAACUACCUAACAUGCCAAAUCAUCAGGAUUCUGAUACUAGAAAUAAAACGUGUAUGGCUGCCAAUUGUACAAAUAUUUCCUGUUUUCGUUGUGAUUCUUGUAUGGCAGCUUUUUAUUGUGGUACACAAUGUCAAAAAUCUGAUUGGCAUUACCACAAAAACGAAUGUCGUCGUUUUUAACUAUCAAAAUUAUUAUGAAUCAUUUUUAUAAUACUGUUCAUUAUACUCGGUAUUUUUUAUCAUUUAAUCUUCAACUGCAUCUUCAUUUGUAAUUAAAUUUAAAUUAUAACCUAAUUUAUUUAUAUUUAUGUAUUUAAUAAUUAAAUGUUUAUGACAUGAUAAUAAAUAUUAUUAUUAUUAUUAUUAAUAAUAAUAAUUAUUUUCAUGUGUUAUGCAGUACAAAUAACUAAGCAUAAUUUUUUAUUAUAUAGUUGACUACUUAUUUAUUAUUGUCUAUUUUAUUAUUAUUGUCUAUUUUAUUAUUAUUUGUAUAUCUACUGUUAUUUAUAAAAUUGCAUCAAAAGGCUGACUAAACUUUAAAUCAGUUUAACUAAAACUUUUUAUUUUUGUUUGUUAUUCAACUUUCCUAUAAUUACAAUAAUUAAGAGGUUGAAGAAGUUCAAAGAGUGUGUGAAGAUGAUACAGUUAGUAGGUAGUAUUACAACUUGACGGGUUUUUUAUGCAUACAAUGUUAUUUAAAUUAAUUUUUGCAAAUAUUAACAAUGACUUAUUAUGAUACACCGUGUAUCAUAGGGAUAUUUGAUUAUAAUUGUCAUUAAAAAUACAUUUGAAUGUGUCAUAUUAUUUCGAUACAAUCUGUAUGUGGUCAGUAAUCAAAAUUAGUACCAACAACUAAUGGAGUGGGGGCAGUGCCGCAAUAACCGGAUGAGUUGCGUGUGUCAAACACACGGGUCCAGGGCCCCAACCUACAAUGGGGGACCCAAUGAUAAAAUGUUCAAGGGGGGGCAUUAUUUUUAUUAGGCACGGGCCCAAAUUGGUGAAGUUGCGGAAUUACAGUCUCGGCUGCAGCGUGACCAGUAGUUUACAUCAGUAAGCAUGCUCAACAUGUGUAUUCAAAACCGAGCGCAAAUUUAAUCACUGCAUACAGCACCCAGCAUAUCAAGUUUGAACGACACUGAAUUUCAAUUUUUUAGGCACCGGUCGCGUUACAGUGAGUCUCUAGUUUUGUGAAACGUACUAUACAGCAUAUUAUAUAAAAGAUGCAAUAGAUAAUCAAUGUCAAAUUAUUGAUUAAAUAUCAUGUUGAUAAAAAUAAGUAUUGAUAGCCAAUUUGUAUAGGCUAAUUACAAUAAUUUUAGUUAUUAAAUUUUAAAUUGUAUUAUGUUUCUGUUUAAAAUCAUAAUUAUUAUUUAAUCGAUAUACAUAAGUACCUAAAUAUAAAUUAAUUAUACUUGUAGCAAGGCCGUAAUUUGAGUGGGUGUUAUUUAAAACAUUACAUUAUUUAUAUCUAAUAAUAUAUUAUUUAUUUUGGAAUUAUUUUAUGUUUGAACCCAUUAAAAGUGUUAAAUACGGUCUUGUUUAAAAAGCGAAUGCUUUCAUUUUGACGAGAUUCAAAAUAUAUAUUUUGUAUUUAAUAAAGAUUAUUAUUAAAUUAAAAUGUGUUUUCCUUAA